GUAAAACUGUUAACGUCUUCGCGUGUGCCAUUAAGUAUAGGACCAUCCCCACUCCCUGAUCUCAUUCCUAGCCUUCAAGGCGGUGUGACUGAUAAACUCUCUAGACGGCAAUCACCUUUCAUGACCUAUCGUUAUCAAACCCCAACCAGUUAAACGCUGACAACGCUAGACAGCACACAUCAUGUUAGAUCCGCUCGCAUUGGUAGUCAUUGCUGCUGGGCUGCUCUACCUCUUCUAUCACUUCAUCAGCCGCAAAUACCAGUUCUUCGCGGAGCGUGGAAUACCGUUCGUGAAGCCGACCUUCCCCUUCGGAAAUAAUGCACCGGUUUUGCUCAAACGGGAAGAUCUCCUAAAGAAUGUCCAAAAAUUGUACCAAUCAUUCCCAAAUGCCAAAAUUAUGGGUCUGUACGACUUCAUCAAACCGAUCAUGCUGAUUCGCGAUCCGGAUGCUAUCAAGCAAAUUGGCGUCAAAGACUUCGAUCACUUCCAGGAUCAUAUGCCAAUGUUUAUUCCCGCGGACUGCGAAGACGCCGGAACGGACAGUCUCUUCGGUAAUUCGUUGUUCGCGUUGCGUGGACAGAAAUGGCGCGAUAUGCGAGCGACCCUGAGUCCGGCCUUCACCGGGAGCAAGAUGCGCCAUAUGUUCGAGUUGGUGUUGGAUUGUGCCCGUGCGUCGGCGGAAUACUUCCGCGAGGAGGCCAAAGCCGGGCGAACCACCGAGUACGAGAUGAAGGAUGUGUUUUCGCGGUUCGGCACGGACGUGAUCGGAUCGGUGGCGUUCGGGAUCAAAGUGGACUCGCUGCGCGAGCAGAAUAACGAUUUCUAUGUGAAAGGGAAAGAGAUGCUGAAUUUUCAAAAUCUCAAAACAUUGUUCAAGGUGAUCAUGCUUCGUGUGUGUCCGAGUUUGACGACUCGUUUGAAGGUGGAUAUCACAAGCGCUGAGAUGAAUGCGUAUUUUAAGAGUAUGAUCAUGGAUAACAUGAAGCAACGGGAGAUUCACGGAAUAGUACGAAAUGACAUGAUAAACAUUCUGAUCCAGGUGCAGAAGGGUGCUUUGCAGCAUCAAAAGGACGACCAGGAUGCCAAAGACGCCGGUUUUGCCACGGUGGAAGAAUCGAGCGUCGGAAAAACACUUCACAAUCGCAUUUGGUCCGAGAACGAACUCGUUGCGCAGUGUUUCCUAUUCUUCUUGGCCGGUUUUGACACGGUUUCUACGUGCUUGACGUUCCUCUGCUAUGAGUUGCUUGUCAAUCCAGAUGUCCAGCAAACUUUGUACCAAGAGAUCAUGGCCGUCGAAGACUCCCUGAACGGGAAAUCUCUAUCCUAUGAAGUCCUCCAGAGGAUGCGUUACCUGGACAUGGUCAUCUCGGAAUCGCUACGCCGUUGGCCGCCGGUUCCAUUCGUUGAUCGCUACUGCGUCAAGGACUAUGUGUACGACGACGGCCAGGGAACGCGAGUUUCCAUACAGAAGGGUCAAAUCGUUUGGUUUCCGAUCGCAGCCCUACACCACGACUCGAAAUACUUCCCGGAGCCGAUGAAAUUUGAUCCGGAACGGUUCAGCGAGCAGAACCGAAAUACGAUCAAUCCAGGGACGUAUUUGCCGUUCGGAGUGGGUCCGAGGAACUGUAUCGGAUCGCGGUUUGCACUGAUGGAGGUGAAGGCGAUUGUGUAUCAUCUGUUGAAAAAUUUUACGCUUGAAUUAAGUGCCAAAUCUAAGGUUCCACUACAGUUGAAAAAGAGCUACCUCGCAAUGGUGCCGGAGGGUGGUAUGUGGUUGGAAUUCAAGCCACGAAAUUCAUAAAAUGUAAAUCAAACAUGUGAAUUAUAAACCUAUAUUGGAAUGGAAGAUGAGACAUAAACUUUAUAUGUAACUAGUCGACCCGGCAGACGUUGUCCUGCAUAGUAGGCAAAAAUUCGCUUUGUGUACUUCCCAUGCGAAAUUUGCACACAAUUCUUAAUUUUAGUUUUUCACGAUUUACCCAACCUUUUUCGUAAUUUUCGCAUUAGAAAAUAUCAUAUAAACCUGUCGGAAACGAUAACUAACAUAUUUGCUGAAGAAAUGAAGAAAGUCCAUCCAACCGUUUUCGAGUUAUGCGGAUAUGAACACAGACCAUUUCAUUUUUAUUAUAUAGAUAGAAAUAAAUUCAAAAUGCAAUGCUUA